AUGGAGAAUGCGUUCUUGCAGACUCCAGCGAAGGCGCUGGAGUACUUCAAAGUCUCCGAACACGAUGGUCUCAGUGCCAAUGCCGUGCUCGAGUCCCGGAAGAAGUACGGUCCUAAUGCACUCGCCGAGGAACCGCCUACUCCGAUGUGGGAGCUGAUUUUGGAGCAAUUCAAGGACCAGCUCGUUCUGAUACUGCUUGGCUCGGCAGCUGUGUCGUUUGUUUUGGCUCUCUUUGAAGAGGGUGAUGACUGGACUGCCUUCGUGGAUCCUGUCGUUAUCCUGACCAUUCUGGUCCUCAACGCGGUUGUUGGCGUGACCCAGGAGAGCAGCGCCGAGAAAGCCAUUGCAGCUCUCCAGGAAUACUCCGCCAACGAGGCCAAGGUUAUACGUGACGGCACAAUUCAGAAGGUCAAGGCUGAGGAUUUGGUACCUGGUGAUGUGAUCAUCGUCGCUGUUGGCGACCGAAUUCCUGCCGAUUGUCGCUUGAUCUCCAUUGACAGCAACAGCUUCCGCGUGGACCAAGCUAUCCUUACCGGGGAGAGUGAAAGUGUUGGAAAGGACACCAAGGUUGUGCAGGAUGUCCAGGCUGUUAAGCAGGACCAGAUCAAUAUGCUUUUCUCUGGCACCACUGUCGUCACUGGCCAUGCUACCGCACUGGUCGUGUUGACCGGAGCAUCGACCGCCAUCGGCGAUAUUCACGAUAGCAUAACCAGCCAAAUUUCCGAGCCCACUCCCUUGAAGCAGAAGCUGAAUGACUUCGGCGACAUGCUUGCUAAGGUCAUCACCGUCAUUUGCGUCCUCGUCUGGCUGAUCAAUAUUGAGCACUUCAAUGACCCCUCUUUUGGUGGCAGCUGGACCAAGGGUGCUAUUUACUACCUGAAGAUUGCCGUCUCGCUCGGUGUUGCUGCCAUUCCUGAGGGUCUGGCCGUUGUUAUCACUACUUGCCUGGCUCUGGGAACCCGCAAGAUGGCCCAAAAGAAUGCUGUUGUUCGCUCCUUGCCCUCUGUGGAAACUUUGGGUAGCUGCAGUGUUAUCUGCUCUGACAAGACUGGAACCCUGACCACCAACCAGAUGAGUGUGGCAAAAAUCGUCUACGUUAACAGCUUGGGUACCGGUCUGGAGGAAAUCGAAGUCGAGGGCACUACCUUUGCGCCGGAGGGUAAGUUGACCCGCAACGGUAAGGUCAUCGAGCAUGCCGCUGCAACUUCGUCCACUGUCGCCCGCAUUGCAGAGGUCUCGGCCCUUUGCAAUGCGGCCACUUUGGCUUGUGAUGCGAAGACUGGCACAUUCUCCAACAUUGGUGAGCCUACUGAGGCUGCUUUGCGCUGCUUGGUCGAGAAGAUCGGUACCCCUGAUGUGGCUAUCAACCAGAAGAUUUUCAGCCAGCCGGCUUCCGAACGUCUCCAUAAUUCCUCCUCUUUUUACGAGGCACGCUCUGCUCUCCAAGCUACCUAUGAAUUUUCGCGGGACCGCAAGAGCAUGUCUGUCCUCGUUGGUGAAAGCCACAACCAAAGGCUCCUCGUCAAGGGUGCACCAGAGUCAAUUCUGGAGCGCUGCUCUCACAUUCUGCAAGGCUCUGAAGGCUCUCGUGUCUCCAUGACCGCAAGUCACGCCAAAUUGAUUACGGAAGAGAUUGUUGAAUACGGCAACCGUGGUCUCCGUGUCAUGGCCCUCGCUAGCGUGGACAAUGUCUCCGGCAAUGAGCUGCUCAAGAGGGCGACCACUACUGAAGAUUACACCAAGCUUGAGCAGAACAUGACUCUGAUCGGUCUGGUUGGUAUGCUGGACCCCCCUCGUCCUGAAGUCGCUGCUUCUAUCCAGAAGUGUCACAAUGCUGGCAUCCGUGUCAUUGUCAUUACUGGUGAUAACCGCAACACUGCCGAAGCUAUUUGUCGCCAAAUUGGUGUAUUUGGACCCAACGAAGACCUGACGGGUAAGAGCUUCACUGGUCGUGAGUUUGACAGCCUGAGCGAGUCCGAAAAGAUAAAGGCCGUCCAGACUGCAUCCCUCUUCUCGCGCACGGAGCCUACCCACAAGUCUCAACUCGUUGAUCUCCUCCAAUCUAUGAACCACGUUGUUGCCAUGACUGGCGACGGUGUGAACGACGCUCCUGCUCUGAAGAAGUCCGACAUUGGUGUCGCCAUGGGUACCGGUACCGAUGUUGCCAGGCUGGCUGCUGACAUGGUUUUGGCCGAUGACAACUUUGCUACCAUCGCCGUCGCCGUGGAGGAAGGUCGCUCGAUCUACAGCAACACCCAACAGUUCAUUCGCUACUUGAUCUCGUCAAACAUCGGUGAGGUUGUAUCGAUUUUCCUCACUGCCGCUCUUGGUAUGCCGGAAGCUUUGGUUCCCGUGCAACUUCUGUGGGUCAACCUGGUUACCGACGGUCUUCCUGCCACUGCUCUUUCAUUCAACCCUGCCGACCACGAUGUCAUGAAGCGUCCUCCCCGUCGCCGUGACGAACCUCUUGUCGGUGGCUGGCUACUGUUCCGUUACAUGGUCGUUGGUACUUAUGUUGGUGCUGCCACUGUCUUCGGAUACGUGUGGUGGUUCAUGUAUAACCCCGAGGGACCUCAGAUCUCCUACUAUCAUCUAUCUCACUUCCAUCAGUGCUCUGCGCUUUUCCCAGAGAUUGGCUGCGAAAUGUUCAGCAAUGACAUGGCUAAGUCCGCCUCGACGGUCUCUCUGUCUAUCUUGGUUGUCAUUGAGAUGUUCAACGCUAUGAACGCUCUGUCCUCCAGCGAAUCGCUGUUCACCUUCUUCCUCCACAACAAUCCGAUGCUGGUCUACGCCAUCACCUUGUCGAUGGUCCUCCACUUUGCUAUCCUGUAUAUCCCUUUCCUGCAGACGCUGUUUGCGAUUCUGCCCUUGGACUGGACGGAAUGGAAGGCGGUUCUUUUGAUCAGCGCUCCUGUCAUUAUCAUCGAUGAGGGCCUCAAAUUCAUUGAGCGUCAAUUGUACAACCAAAAGGUCACCGUGGCUCCGCUUGCCCAGAAUGGCAGUGUUGGCAAGCCCAAGACGGCCUGA